UAAAUUUCACUCCUAACGUUUUAAAGUUUCGAUUUCGCCCGACCCGAAAUCCUGCCUCUCUCGCCAUCUCCUUCCCAAACCCUAACCCUAAAGUGACAGGUCCGUCCUUUUUUAUUUCUGCCUUUUCGGCCCGCUUCCUUUGUUCCCAGUCGGAUCGUGUUGCUGUUGGUCACCAUGAGAGGGGGCAAAUCGAGGGCCGCGGCGUCAAGCAAGGAUGACACCAAGGUGGCGGGGAAGAGAAAGGCGGCCGACAAUCAGGGUAAGAGGGCAAAGAGAGGGAAGGCUGGCAAGGACCCGAACAAGCCCAAGAGGCCUCCGAGCGCCUUCUUCGUCUUCAUGGAGGAAUUUAGAAAAGAAUUCCAGGAGAAACACCCUGAGAAUAAGAAAGUCUCCGUGGUUAGCAAAGCAUGUGGGGACAAAUGGAAAUCCAUGUCUGAGGCUGAUAAAGCUCCAUACGUAGCAAAGGCAGCCAAGAGAAAGGCUGAGUAUGAGAAGAUCAUUGCUUCAUACAACAAGAAGCAGUCUGAGGGUUCUAGUGGUAAUGCAAGUCCCGCGGAGGAAGUCGUAGAAGAGGGGUCUAAAUCUGAGGUAGAUGAUGAAGAAGACGGAAAUGGAGAGGAAGAAGAGGAUGAAGAGUAGCUCGGAGGAAGUGAUCGAUUGAGGAAGCAAUGGUGGGAAGGGCCCUUUUUCUUCUUGCUUUUUCUCCUUUUUUUUAAAAUUAUUUUCUUAAUGUUCUAGGAAUUAGAUUAGUAUAGCUUUUCCAUUGUAAGGAAGAAAAGAAAUGGCUCAUGUUCCUUUGGAUGCUUCCAUUUUGCUCAUCCUUUUUGUUAAAUUACUAUCGACAAAGUAUGCAGGGGUUUAACUCAUCU